AUGAUCGACGCCGAGCUUCAGCGCAUAUCGCAUAUCGCCGACCAAAAGGAAAAAACGGCCGCGUACAAGACGGUAUUGGAAGAGCAUUUACAUGACGUGACGACACUCAAGACGAUUGUCACGCAUUUGCUGGGAGAAGAUGUGCCGCUCGUGAUCUCGCGUGCUGUGAUCACCCACUUGGCAUCAGUCGUUGCAGCAAUUGACGUGGACGUCCACUCGUGGAAACUCGAGUUCAUCUGCUUCUGCCUCGCAAAGAUCAAGUCCCGCAUCCUGUCGUUCGAGGAGCCUGACGUCAUGUUUCGCGAGUCGCUUGCAGCUAUGUACAUGGACGAAGAAGAGUACAUUGAAGCUGCAAAGGCGCUGGCUGCCAUCAAUCUCGAGAGCUCGACGCGUCAGUACACGGACGUCGAGAAGAUUGAGAAGUACGUCAAGAUUGCUGAGCUGUAUCUACAAGAAGACGAGACCGUGGACGCAGAGAACUUUAUCAAUCGCGCUUCGCGCUUUAUCCAUAACGUGGACGACUGGGCGCUUCGGCUGCGCUUUCAGGUCUCGUACGCCCGGAUUCUCGACUCGAAGCGCAAGUUCCUCGAUGCAGCACUGCGCUAUUACGAGUUCUCGCAGUCCAAGCCGGAUGAAGUGGACCCGGACGACUUGUUGGAGCUCCUGAGCAAGGCCGUCACGUGCGCUAUCUUGGCUCCUGCGGGCCCGCAGCGAUCGCGUCUUCUCGGCACGCUGUACAAGGACGAACGCGUGAAGAACAGUGAACAUGUGGCGAUUCUGGAGAAAAUGUACAUGGAGCAGCUGAUUCGUCGGCCGGAGCUUGUGCAGUUUGAACAAAGUUUGCUGCCGCAUCAGAAAGCAGUGUUGUCCAACGGCUUUACGGUGCUCGAGAAUGCCUUCCUUGAGCACAAUCUGCUGGCUGCGAGUCGUGUUUACAGCAGCAUCUCACUUGAAGAGCUGGGCAAACUGCUUGAGAUCGAACCGGUGAACGCGGAGCGCGUCGCUGCUACAAUGAUUGGUGAAGACCGCAUGAAGGGCAGCAUCGAUCAGCAGCUGGGUUUUCUCGAGUUUGAGAACACGGAAGACGAGGUGUUUGCUGCUUUCGAUACUCGGAUUAGCUCCGUAUGCUUCAACGUCAACCAGUGCGCCGAACAGAUUGAGCAGCAGUAUCCAGACCUUGUGCGCUCGCUCAUCGCGUCGACGUCAACUACUGCAUCAACCACAUCGAGCAACGGUGCCCUGACCUCGUGCGCUCACUAG